GUGUAAAUAAACAUACACCAACAGCACAAUUGCUGUAUCGUUAGAAAAUGUCCUCUCAUAAGCUAGAAAAUGAUACAGGGAGUUACUCUGAAAAUGAAGAAAACAAAGAAGAAAUGGGAUUGAAAAACCAAAGGAAAACAGAGCCCGAAGCGGACAUUCAAUCGAAUGGACGUCUUGAAUCGCGAAUUUCGAAAUUGACUGUUCCAUCUCACGAAAUGAGGAUAGUGGAGGAUUAUUCAAACAAAAAGAACGCCGAAAGGCACUCUGGAGAGAUACAGGCGUAUGCUAAAUUCGCUGGUAGCACGUGGACGUAUUAUGUCAAGAAGAUUCGACUUAUCCUUGGACGUGAACCGGCGAACCAAUCUGCGAAAGGGAAAGAAGAGGAUAGCGAGGUAGUGGACAUGAACUUUGGACCUUCGAAGGUUGUCAGUCGCAAGCAUGCCGUUGUUGAAUACAAUAUGCAAGACCAGGCAUGGAACUGUACGGUUCACGGAAGAAACGGCGUUAAAGUGGAUGGAAAGCUUUACAAACCAGGAGAGACUGUGAAACUUUCUAGUGGAUCAAUUCUCGACGUUGCUGGACUGCAAAUGAUGUUUGUUUUGCCGAAUGCCUCUGAACAGAAUAUUCCUGAGGAGAAAGCUGGCGAGUCGAAUGAAGAAGCUGAAAAGUCGGAGGAAUUUUCAGCUACCGUUGAAAAUAGCGUUUAUGACAAUAGAAAACCUCCCUAUAGUUAUUCUGUAAUGAUUGCUCAAGCCAUUCUUUCCUCUCCCGAUUGCAUGAUGACACUUUCCAAUAUUUACAACUGGAUUUCAACUCAUUAUCCUUAUUACCGAACCACAAAAAGCGGAUGGCAGAAUUCCAUUCGACACAACUUGUCUUUGAACAAAGCUUUUAGAAAGGUGCCUCGGAAGUCCGGUGAACAAGGCAAGGGAAUGAAAUGGUCAAUAGAGCCUGAAUUUCGGGAGGAGUUUAUCGCAAAAACUAAGAAGACACCUUACAAAAAAACACCUCCUCCAUUUCUUUGCACACCUCCUUUCACCUUGAAGAGAGAACACUCAGACCCUGAGCAUACUUCCCCUCCUAUACCUACCCCAGUUCGCAAUCAGUCUCCUUCUACUCCCAAAAGAGAAGGUUCUCCCUUGACUGAAGAAACUCCCUCUGAGUCAAAGGACAGGGAAGGUGGCUCUUAUAAGACUCCAACUAGAGCUGUACUGUCCGAUAUAAUAGCUAGUCAAGAUUAUUCUCCUGAUCCCAGUACAAUUUCUCAACCGAAGAAUGCUGCGUCUGCUUCUCCUGCAGCAACUGCGGCUUAUUCCACUUCUUCGCCUGCACCCUUCUGGAAGUACGUGGCUGUUCCAAACCCCCAUGAUUGGCCUCACGUUGGUUCUUAUGAUACGAUAUCCCCUUACAGAAAUCCUUUGAACAACCAUAUGGUCUAUUCUCAGAUGCCCCAGCCAUCACCAAGAAAAAUUGAUGAGCAAAUGCAUGACUUGCAGGGAGUAGAUCUAGCAAACGGUUUUGAAGGAAUUAGCUCAUGGCGAGAGUCAAUGGUCCAAAAAUUACGUACUGCCAAUUCAGGCAGUUCCGCGCCUGCUUCUCCGUUAGGUGCUUCUACAUCUCCCGCGAAUCCCCCACGACCUUGGGGAAGUAUUUCUGAGCCAAUUUCUAAUCACUCUGCGGAGGUCGAAAAUAAACAGCAGCCCGAGUCUUCCGUUGGGACUGGUACUGAUAAUGAUCACGCAGUUCGUGCGAUUUUGGACGCCAGUGUCUCUAUGGAAAAGCAAAAGAAUGUUCAGCAAACGACUGAAUUUCCCCAAACAGGACAAACAGCUCAACCUGCUUUAGGAACAACAGCGCAGGCAAGUGUUGAAGAACAUCCAUCACCUCAACGCUAUAUGCAAGCAUCAAACGCUGAUGUGAGAAGCAACAUUUAAUGAACUACUACGGUAACUCUUCUACCUGCUUUUAUGGAUUAUGUCUUUAUUUUUGAGACAGUUUUGCCAGUAAUGCUUGUAUGUGUAUUGUUAAUGCUUUGAUCGGGUCUGUACCAAAGUGAAUUUCUUUGUUUGCUUUCACGUUCAAUCUCGUGUUCUUUUUGGGAAUGUUUUUCCACUUAAUGUCAUUGAUGUUCUUAAAAUGUCUUAAUUAAACACUAGUUUUGCUUUGGAUGAUAAACCGGUUUUACUUCGGUAAGCUCUAAUAAUUUUCGUUGAUAUAAAAUUGGUUAAUUGCUUUAUGGACAAGACUUUCGUGGACUGCUUAAUUCUUCUUGACAUUUAAUGCCUGAGCCCCUCGUACUGUUGGAAGUCAACCAACGUUUGCACACAGGCAACGUAACAUGAAAGAAUGAAGAAAUAAGCGACGGAAAGUGUACUACACAAUCCUGUAGUGUUUGUUCUAAGUUUAGACUUUAAAAGAUAUUGUUUUAUUUGUAUUUAGAAAUAUAUAAAACUACUGGACAACUUAAAGGUUUGUUUUGUACUUACCAUGAAAAAAAAAAAUAGAUGGUUGUUUCUCGUUUCCAAGGUCUCAAAUGAAUCUAAAUUCUUCUAAAACUGUCCUGACUUUCUUAUGUUUGCAGUUUUUUAGUAAGACUAUUCUCCCUUAAAUCGUAGCUAAAUUCUUUUAAAGAAAAUAAUUAAUGAACUAUUCUAAUACAAAUUAAAGUAGUUGUCAUUUUAUUUAUUUGUUUAUACACAGGAUA